GUCGCGCCCAGGGAGGGCAACAAUUCGAUUCUGCUGCUGGAUUCAGACUGGGCACAGCAGUGGGAAGAGACAGGGCAGGACUGGGUAUGCAGGGGUUCUGGGGAGAGUGCCAAGAGGGGGCUCUGGGUGGACUCUCAUGUAGGGGCAGAGCCUUUGCUCCUCCUGCCCCAACCCUCCCAGGCCCUUCCCAUGGGUCUCUAGGUCUCCUGGGUUUCCUGGAAAGACGAGGACUGUGGUGGCUGGACUGGGAAGGGCCCUGGGCCAUCACUGGGCACUCGCCCUUCCUUCCCACAGUGACACCCUCUGACUGCUAUGUGACCCUCUGGCUGCCCACGGCUGCCAGCCACAUACUCCAGACCCGCACAGUGAAGAACAACAGAAACCCCGUCUGGAAUCAGAGCUUUCACUUCCGAAUCCACAGCCAGCUCAAGAACAUCGUGGAACUAAAAGUCUUUGAUCAGGACCUUUUGACCAAAGAUGAUCCGGUGUUGUCAGUGCUGUUUGACGUGGGGACUUUGCGGGCUGGAGAGUUCCGGCGUGAGAGCUUCUCGCUGAGCUCUCAGGGCGGGGGCUGCCUGGACGUGGAAUUUCAGCUCCGGAGGCUGUCAGACUGUGCCGAGCAGCUCGUCAGCAAUGGCAUCCUGGUGGCCCGGGAGCUGUCCUGCUUGCACGUUCAACUGAAGGAGGCAGGGGGCGAGACGUGGUCAAAGGGCAGAGUUCAGCUUGUGGUUCCAGGGUCCUGCGAGGGCCCGCAGGAGGUCUCUGUGGGCUCUGGGUCCUUCCACUUCCACUUCCCGGCCUGCUGGAAGCAGGAGUUGAGCAUCCAUCUGCAGGAUGCCCCCCAGGAGCAACUGAAGGUGCCCCUGAGUACCCUGCCCUCUGGCCAGCUGGUGAGGCUCGUCUUUCCUACAUCUCAGGAGCCCCUGAUGAAGGUGGAGCUGAAGAAAGAAGAAGGACCAAGGGAGCCGGCCGUGCGGCUGGGCUUUGUGCCCUGCGCCGAGGAGCAGGCCUUCCUGAGCAGGCGGAAGCAGGUGGUGGCGCGGGCCCUGAAGCAGGCCCUGCAGCUGGACGGAGACCUGCAGGAGGAUGAGAUCCCUGUGGUAGCCAUUAUGGCUACUGGUGGUGGGAUCCGGGCAAUGACGUCUCUGUAUGGGCAGCUGGCCGGUCUGAGGGAGCUGGGCCUCCUGGAUUGCAUCUCUUACAUCACAGGGGCCUCUGGCUCCACCUGGGCUUUGGCCAAUCUCUAUGAGGACCCAGAGUGGUCUCAGAAGGACCUGGCAGGACCCACUGAGUUGCUGAAGACCCAGGUGACCAAGAGCAAGUUGGGUGUGCUGGCCCCCAGCCAGCUGCUGCGGUAUCAGCAGGAGCUGGCCGAACGUGCCCGCCUGGGCCAUCCGCCCUGCUUCACCAACCUGUGGGCCCUCAUCAACGAGGCGCUGCUGCAUGAUGAGCCCCAUGACCACAAACUCUCAGACCAGCGGGAGGCCUUGAGUCGUGGCCAGAACCCUCUGCCUAUCUACUGUGCCCUCAACACCAAGGAGCAGAAUCUAAGCACCUUUGAGUUUGGGGAGUGGUGCGAGUUCUCCCCCUACGAGGUCGGUUUCCCCAAGUACGGGGCCUUCAUCCCCUCCGAGCUUUUCGGCUCUGAGUUCUUCAUGGGGCGCCUGAUGAAGCAGCUACCCGAGUCCCGCAUCUGCUUCCUGGAAGGCAUCUGGAGCAACCUCUAUGCAGCCAACCUCCAGGACAGCUUGUACUGGACCUCGGAGCCUGGCCAGUUCUGGGACCGCUGGGUACACAGUCAGGCCACCCUGGACAAGGAGCAGGUCCCUCUUCUGAAGAUAGAAGAGGCUCCCACUUUGGCCGGCAGGAUAGCCGAGUAUUUUACUGACCUUCUGACACGGCGCCCACUUGCCCAGGCCACCCACAAUUUCCUGCGUGGCCUCCAUUUCCACAGGAACUAUUUUGAGCAUCCUCAUUUCUCUGCCUGGAAAGCCACCAAACUGGAUGGGCUCCCCAACCAGCUGACGCCUGUGGAGCCCCACCUUUGCCUGCUGGAUGUCGGCUACCUCAUCAACACCAGCUGCACGCCCCUCCUGCAGCCUACGCGGGACGUGGACCUCAUCCUGUCGCUCGAUUACAACCUCCAGGGAGCCUUCCAGCAGCUGCAGCUCCUGGGCCGCUUCUGCCAGGAGCAGGGGAUCCCGUUCCCGCCCAUCUCGCCCAGCACCGAGGAGCAGAGCCAGCCCCGGGAGUGCCACUUGUUCUUGGACCCCCACCAGCCCGAGGCCCCUGCCGUGCUGCACUUCCCUCUGGUCAAUGACUCCUUCCGGGAGCACUCGGCCCCUGGGGUUCAGCGGACACCUGAGGAGAAGGCCGCUGGGGAGGUGAACCUGUCUUCACCCGGCUCCCCUUACCACUACUCGAAGGUCACCUACAGUCCGGAGGACGUGGACAAGCUGCUCCACUUGACACGCUACAACAUCUGCAACAACCGGGAGCAGCUGCUGGGGGCCCUGCGGGGGGCUGUGCAGCGGCGGCGGCAGCAGCGCAGGCGGCACCAGCCCUAGUGAUGGUGGCAGGAGAGGUGCCUGCCCGACUCCCCCCCGAUCUUUUUCACUUCCAGGCUGCUGUUUGAGUUGGGGCAAAGACCGUCAUCCCCAGGAGUCUCAGAGCUUGCGAAGGCUCCACUAACAGGUGUGCCCAGUAUCCCCGAUGUGGCACUGAAGAUCCCACCAGCUCUGCUGUAGAAUCCUCGGGGCCGGUCAGGGUUUAAACGGGCAUGGGCUGUCAGGCCUGCCCGCCUCAGGUCCAAAGGGGGGACGGUGGCUGGAGCCCACAGUGGUGACCACAGUUCUGCAAGAGCUCAAAACCCAGCGUCUCUGUUCCCUUCUUGCCCCCUCUUCCCCCCAGCCCCCCUCCCCCGCCCUGCCACGAGUCAUUGUAUCGCGUGAAAUAGAGCACUUUAUGGAUUAGGGGCUCAUGCAAACACAAGCGUUAUCUGAGGUGAUCUGUCAUUGCUGCCCUGAAGGGCCUUGUCCAGGCUGUUGUAUACACAGUGAGGUGCCUGGGAGUGUCCACUGCGGCAGCCCUGGCCCUGCCCAGGUGAGCAGACUCUGCUAACCCCCUGUCCUCUGUACCUCAGGAUGAGGCCAGAGGGCUGCUUACUGUCACAUGCUAGGGUGACCAGCAUGGGACCAGAUGAGCCAAGGAAAGUAGCAGCAGGGCCAGACCUGUUGGGAGGGCUGGGAGGUGUCACUAGUUUUGGGCCCUGGUGCCCCAGGCCUGCCUUGGAAUCCUCUCCCUCCUCCCUACACGCGCGUGGAAUGUGGCUGUAGGGAGCUGGCAGGCAGCUGUAGGCGUGACCUGUGUGUGCGGUGGGUGGGAGAUGGCCCGCCCUGCCCUGGGCACAGUUCGGGUAGUCACAGAGAAGACCUUUCCAAAUAUAAGCUGGCCUAGGCCACAACUGCCCUUGCCGUUUGGAGGAAGAAAAAGAUAGUGAAGGGUAAUCGGUACAGGAAGACAAGCACUUGGAGAGAGGAAGUUAGAGGUAUGUGCUACUCCGAAGCCUGCGAUGGCUUUGUUACUAAGAUGUGUUAUGCUUGCAGCCCAUGAACUCUAACCCUGGAGUGGGUUACACACAGGUUUUCCAAAUGUUUUGGAUGUUUGCAUAUCGCCAGAUUAUUUCUGUGACUAAGCAUGUAAUUUUUCUUUAUGCAUCUUAGUACUGCUGAAAACUCCUAGGACUGUUAACAAAUUCCUUUGAAGAAAACCAAAAUAGUGGCCAGUCAAAUGCUGUGUGCUGAUUUUCAUUUUGCAAUUGCGUUAUUCUGUUUGCUCUGCUUAGUUCUGUUUUAUUCACUCUUGCUGAGGCACAGAUUUCAGUUCUCUUUGGGGUGAAGUAUUUUCCAGAACCGGUAUAAAAGUAGCCAAAAUAAAACUUU